UAAUGCUGCGCGCUGCGUUCUGCGCGGCUGUCCAGGUAAUCAAUCGAUUUUUUAGGUAUGAUUUUAACAUAUUUUAAUGCGUUGCAAGUGCAAAACUCUUGAAAAAUGUUCAACGGCUCCUCAGAUUUAGAAAAUGAAGGACCGAAAUCUGCUAACGUGGAAAGACUGCACACAUAUUUUAUGAACAAGAAUAGGACAUGGAAAGAUUUGCAGUUUGCCGUGCGAGCUACAAGGUCUCUCCAGCAAAAGCUCUUAAAUAGGAUACCUAACUCUUUCACUUUUAACGGAAACAGACUGUACUUCUUAGCAGUGCCUCCAAAUAGCCGCGAGAAUACUAUACAAUUUGUGGAUGUUCCAACUAGCUUCAGCAAUUUAGGGGAAUGCCUCGAAUGGACAACUUUCCUUCAUUUAGACGUCACGCGACCUUUUGCCGGCUUUUCAAGAGAAGAGCAGCUACUUCGAGAGAGGAAAAGACUUGGAUCGUUUGGAAUCACUUCUUAUGACUACCACAAUGCCUCUGGGAGGUUUUUGUUUGCAUCAUCUAAUAGACUACAUACGUGUGUGGACAAGGAUGGUGAGCAUUUACCAUUUGCUGUCACAGAAAUUCAUUCCCAAGCCACUGAAUCCAAAAUGGACUCCAAACUUUGUCCAUGCAAUCCUAACCUAGCAGCAUUUAUACAUCGUAAUGACAUAUGGGUUACUAACCUAGAAACAGGUGAAGAACGCAGACUAACACAUGCUAACAAUGGUUCCCUUAAUUUGUUGGAAGAGCCAAUAUCAGCAGGUGUGGCAUCAUUUAUAGCACAAGAGGAGUUUGAUAGAUAUACUGGUUACUGGUGGCAACCUAAGUGUGUGCUGGAUGAUAACAAGGAGACAAAAAGCUACAAAAUCCUUUAUGAAGAGGUAGAUGAGAGCAAUGUUGAGGUGCUAAAUAUCAUGUCAUCUCCAGAGUCCAUGAGCCAAAGCAGCUCUAUUGAUAGUUACAGAUAUCCAAAAUCUGGCUCCGUGAAUGCAACAUCAAGGAUGAAGAUUGUAGAGUUUUCUCUUGAUCAUGCAGGAAGAAUGUGUGGUGAUAUUAUUGAGUACCAACUUUUGGUUUCAUUGGAAGAAAUUUUUCCAUCUAUGGAGUAUGUAGUGCGUGCUGGUUGGAUCCCAGAUGGAGAUAGUCUGUGGGUGCAGCUAUUGAGUCGUACUCAGCAACAUUUAACCAUGGUUCAGAUACCGCUAGCUUGUUUCAGUGCUGUAGUCCCAUCAGAACAGGAUCUUAUCAACGUAGCAAACCACAUACCAGUGAUGAGAGUUAUAGCAGAGGACACUUCAGAUGUUUGGGUUAAUAUUUCAGACGCCAUCUACUUUUUAAAGCAGACGUCUUCAGGGACCCAAUUCAUUUGGUCAAGUGAAGCAUCAGGUUUUMGGCACCUGUACUUAGCAAUKGUCAAUAGCCAACAUGUGAUGUCACGUGGAAGAAGCCGUAGCUUUCUUGGACAAAAUUCAGUUUAUUAUCCCCUUGUUACUCAGGAACAGCUUACUGAGGGAGACUGGGAGGUUGAUGGAAAACAGAUAUGGAUUGAUGAAAAUAGAAGGAUUGUGUUCUUUAUGGGAACAAAGGAUACGCCAUUAGAACAGCAUUUGUAUGCUGUAUCUUACAAURCACCUGGAWGCAGAACAAUACAACGACUUACAGAAGCAGGAGCAUCACACUGUGUCACCAUGGACAAGGAUUUUAGCAAAUUUGUAUGUGUGUCAUCAUCAGUCAGUGAGACCCAUAAAGCUGUCAUCUAUCAAAUUAUUGAUGCUGAGGAGUUAGUCAACAAUGUUCCCAUGGUUACAGUGGAACCAAUGGCUUGCCUCCUUCGAUCAGAAGUUCUACCUGAUGAUUAUUGCCCUCCUGAGCUGUUUUCCUUUCAAAGUAAACAUGGACACCAAGUGUAUGGGCUCAUUAUAAAACCACUGAAUUGUGAGCCUGGAGAAAAGUAUCCYACAGUCCUUUAUGUGUAUGGUGGUCCACAAGUACAGCUUGUAACAAACUCACACCAAGGUGUACGUUUCUUGAGGCUUCACACGCUUGCCAUGCUGGGAUAUGUCGUGGUGUUGAUUGAUAGUCGAGGUUCAGCUCGAAGAGGUCUGCAUUUUGAAGGGCACUUAAAAAAUAGGAUGGGGCAGAUUGAAAUAGAGGAUCAAGUCGAGGGUUUGGAGUACAUAGCAAAGACAAGCAAUAUGAUUGACAUGUCUAGAGUGGCCAUUCAUGGUUGGUCGUAUGGUGGAUAUGUUUCUUUGCUAGGUCUCAUACAACGCCCAGNNNAAUUGCAGGUGGCAGUAGCUGGAGCUCCAGUAACUACAUGGGAAGCCUACGACACUGGUUAUACAGAGCGCUACUUGUGGACUCCUCAAGAAAAUCCACGAGCAUACAUGAUGAGCUCUAUACUGUCUUACGUGCACAGUUUUCCMGACGAGGAGGGUAGGCUCCUUCUAGUACAUGGUCUUAUUGAUGAAAAUGUCCAUUUUUUCCAUACAAGUCUACUAAUUAAUGAGCUGAUAAAGGCUUGUAAACCCUAUGGACUUGCUAUUUACCCGACAGAGAGGCAUGGGAUAAGACAAACUGUAUCAUCAGAGCACUAUGAGACCACAGUCCUAUCGUUUUUACAAAAGAAUCUCUAGUAAAUUAUCGUUUAUUUUUAUUACAGGUACCUCUUUAAAUUCAGCUAGACAUCGCGUUAUCUUUUAAAUAAAGGAAAUUCGAAUCGGUAAAGAAACAUAGAUGUCAAAAAAAAGUGUACUACUAAAAUUAUUUUUGAUUUAUGAGUAACCUGCAUGCGCUCAGGUAACCGGCAAAUCCGACCUACUAGAGAAGAGUCAAGCUAUUCCAUGUAAUUUAGUGGACAUAAACCGGCAAGUCCACUACAGAGAUUCAAACUGGGGCCAGAUUGAAAAUUAUUUAGUAUCAAUCCAUAGGCCAUUAUUAUUCAAACGUAAAUCUUGCAACUCUGAGGAAUUACCCAGUACAACAGGGUUCGUCUCGCAACUUUAUUUGUUGAUUGUAGCGUUGGGUCUACUUUUCGCAACAUUUUUUCCCAAAACGUUUCUCGAAACUUUCGCGUCACGUAGCWGACGUAGGCUGUUGGAGCAUGCACAAAUUCUCAUUUCGAAUAUCGACAUCUUGAUUCUURCUCAAAGCUUAACUCAACCAUAACAUAUCGCAAGUUACUUGGGAAAAUUGCAAAGUGUAUUAAGUUAAGUGUAAUAUUAACAAAUUAGGAGAAACAAAGUGUGGUACUCUAAAGUGUGUUUUCACGGGUUAUUGAAUUACACUCUAAAUACUCCAUCAAUCACUAUGGAAGACGGAAAAAACUCAAUUCUCGCUCAUCCAUAACUAAUGAGUUAGUAUUGCCCCUCAUAUAACGAAAUCGUCAGGACACUGAGUCUAACUGCACGAAUAUAAAAGAGGCUGCACACCACACUGCUAAAGGCGUUAUUCAAGUGAGAUUAAGAAAUUACCCUGUGGUAUAAUUACGUCACACCAAAACAUCCCAGUGUUUUUUAACUCUUAAGGAUCAUGGUCGGGGGUUAGAAUGGCUGCUUAUCAAAGAAAAUCAUUGAUAUACAUGGUAUAUAACAUUGAGUGAAAGAAUACUAAUAGAUCCAGAUUUCCACUGUUUCUGAACAUUUCUUCCAACGGUAAACAUAGGGGAUCAACAUGCGAUAGAGUAAUAGUCCAAUUUUGGUUGAAUGGUCAUGCACAAAAGAAUUCAGGACGACGCUCGGGGCAAACCAAAUAAUUUCUAUUGUUUUCCCGGAGACUCGUUUUUUAAUUCAUUUGUGCGUAGUUAGUCAACCAAAAUAUCGAUUAUUGGUCUUGUAGUCGAGUCUUCAUACUCAGGGACAGUCGUUGGGUAGAGCAGAUUUCGUAUGACUGUGCAAGGGCACGGAUCACAACACGCGAGCCAUGGAACCCCGCCUUAUAAAGAAUCAACAAUACAUCACCGUCACGGCAAAGUCCAGACACGGCACUAAAGUGCAGUGUUUUUUUUGCACGGUCAUACGAAAUCAACUCUAUACGUUAAAAARGUUCUAAUAUUAUAUAAUGAAGACUUUUGUUAAAUAAAUAACCAUUUUGCUUCA